UACAGUGGCUGCCGCUGCGAGUGCUCCUGGGUCAUAGUAAACUUGAAGGCAAAGGCGGAAUCUAUAGUAGUUGCGGCCUCAGCGGCCUAGUGUCCUCCCGUGCUUCCGUAGUGAGAGGCUUGACGUCGCCGGGCGUGGACGUCACGCAAUAGUGUCCCGCGAGUGCGCGGCCCGUAGGCCGAGGGCCGCGCGGGGUCACCGCGGCGACGCUGCGGAACCGUCUGCGGCCCGGCCCGGCGGGGCCCGGCAUGCUUCGGGGUGCUGAGCUGCCGCCUCCUGUGACUUCCAGACCGUCCCGCCACAAGCGGGCAUGAACUCAGACCACGGGGCCCUUAGUUCUCGAGCUGGGUACCUACCGAGUUUAUGUGUAAAAUAAUGUGGGUGAGCGGAUGGUGAAAUUAUGACCGCCCUUUGUCCCUUAAAAACGGAAAUCUAAGUUCAUUUCAAGGCAUUCGAAAUGGGGAAAGACUAUUAUUCCAUUUUGGGAAUUGAAAAAGGAGCUACAGAUGAAGAUAUUAAAAAGGCUUACCGAAAACAAGCCCUCAAAUUUCAUCCGGACAAGAACAAAUCUCCUCAAGCAGAGGAAAAAUUUAAAGAGGUCGCAGAAGCUUAUGAAGUACUGAGUGAUCCUAAAAAGAGAGAAAUAUAUGAUCAGUUUGGGGAAGAAGGCUUGAAAGGAGGAGCAGGAGGUACUGAUGGGCAAGGAGGAACCUUCAGAUACACCUUCCAUGGAGAUCCCAACGCCACAUUCGCAGCCUUCUUUGGAGGUUCCAAUCCCUUUGAAAUUUUCUUUGGAAGAAGGAUGGGUGGAGGUCGAGACACUGAAGAAAUGGAAAUAGACGGAGAUCCCUUUAGUGCCUUUGGAUUCAGCAUGAAUGGCUAUCCAAGAGACAGGAAUUCUGUGGGACCCUCUCGUCUCAAACAAGACCCUCCCAUUAUUCAUGAACUUAGAGUAUCGCUUGAAGAAAUAUAUAAUGGCUGCACCAAACGGAUGAAGAUUUCUCGAAAAAGAUUAAACCCUGAUGGAAGGAGUUACAGAUCUGAGGACAAAAUUCUCACCAUCGAGAUUAAGAAAGGAUGGAAAGAAGGCACCAAAAUUACUUUCCCGAGGGAAGGUGAUGAAACACCAAAUAGUAUCCCAGCAGACAUUGUUUUCAUUAUUAAAGACAAAGAACACCCCAAAUUUAAAAGAGACGGAUCAAAUAUUAUUUAUACUGCUAAAAUUAGUUUACGGGAGGCAUUGUGUGGCUGUUCAAUUAAUGUGCCAACGAUGGAUGGAAGAAACAUACCUAUGUCAGUCAGUGAUAUUGUGAAACCUGGGAUGAGGAGAAGAAUUAUUGGAUAUGGGCUGCCGUUUCCCAAAAAUCCUGAACAACGUGGUGACCUCCUGAUAGAAUUUGACGUGACCUUCCCAGAUGUCCUAUCUGCAUCAUCCAAAGAUGUCCUUAGGAAGCAUCUUCCUGCCUCGUAGAAUGAGAAGAACCUUGCUACCCAUAUUUUGAUAAGACACUGAAAAUAUAAAAGUACUGGCAGUUGACUGAUGUGAAUUCUGUAUAAAGAUGUGUAAACUCUUCGGAGGGCUCAUUAAAUUGCAUGAAUAGAGACGGGUCAAAUAGGCAAAGUGAAUUUUUACAGUAGAGAUGAAGAAAAAAGUCAUUCACUGUAUUGUAUUUCAUUUCUCCAAAACCAGAAAUUUUCAGUAUCUCAGUUGGUUUUGUGCUCAGUAGUUAUACUUCUAGUAAAGUACUAGAUCAUCUAAAUACUUUAGUGUGUGUCAGUGUGUGUAUGUGUGUGUGUGUGUGUGUGUGUGUCUAAAUGAUCAAUGUGAUAGGUUCCCCUAAUAGAAAUUAAAACUCUUACUGUACAUGUACUAUGUAGAGCAGAAUAAAGGCCACAGUCACAUGAAAUUCAGUCUAGGCCACCUUCAGAAAUGCUGUUUUGGGCUGGUACCAGAAUUUAUUGAUGCGUUUGCUCUACCGUUGUGACUUCUCAAGUAUGCUGUAGCGCUUCUUAAGACCAUGGCUGUAAUGUUCCUAAAGCAGACCUCUUCAUAAAGAGAAAAGGAAUGACAGUUUAUCUCCUGUGGAAAUCCCAGUAGCCUGAGUUAUGGAUAUUUUAGAAACAGACCAUUUUUAAAUGGCACCUGUAAUUUUAUGCAAGUUGAUUAUAUCUUAAACUUAAUAAGCUCAUUUUGUGGUUCACUAGCUUAAAGUAUUUGUUUAAUAAAAUUAUUUGUUUUUAGAGAAAAUACAGUUACUUGGCAUUAAUUUUCCACUUAAAGUCUUCUAUAACUUCCUCAUAAUAUGCUCUAUGUACCUUAAAUAAUUUCCUGAAGAACAGUGAGCUAAAACUGUGCUGUUAAACCAAAAUAAGGACAGAAUAGACACCACUGCUUAUGGGUAAUAUUGCUACUAGCUGUUAUGCAUAUACAUAUUUUACUUUUUCAUGUACAUAGAUUGCGUUUCUUAGGUGUUUUAAUUUUUUAAAUAUAUUUACAUUUAAAAAUUA